ACAGCAACCAAAGCGGGUGCGUAAAUCGAGCCCACGCCAAACCCUAAACCUAACUCAAUUCGUCGAUCGGAUCCCUCGUUCUCCUCUUCCUCAUCUCUCUCUCUCUCUCUACCAAUCCUCGUACGAUCGAUUUAGAUGUUGAUCUGACCAAGAAGCCAGCAGUGGUCUUUUUGACCUUGCUGGAGCUUUCGUGGACGUGCUUUUUGAGUAGAGCUGUUUGACAAAAUCCUAAUGGCUUCUUCACGACACUACCCUUAACACCCUUCCAACUGCCGCUAAAAGUAGAAGCUUCGAUUUGGAGCUUUUGCUUUGGGACAUUUAGCUUGCUGUCAUGGACUGAUGAUGUAAUUGUGACUAAAAAAUAAAGCAACAGUGCUUUUAAAAACCAUUUGUGGCACAAAAACGACACUUCGAGAUCAAUUUUUGCAUGGAAAGGAAGAGGAGCCGGUGUCCCUUUCUCAAUGAAGAAAUCGGCAACGAGCCAGUUAUAUGAUAUAGGAGGCUCUGGUGCCAUGUCAUCAUCCCUGCCUGCUCUUCCUACUCCUUCGGAAGUGAGCUUCCUGAAACUCCCCGAUUCACAACAAGUUUCAAUGGAAAGGGAACUUAGCAGCAGCAAUCCUCUUCCCCCUCAUCGCGCACCUUCGCACUACAAUACCGCAGUUGUUGGCCCUUUAUAUUCAUCGGCUUCAGGGCCUUUAUAUUCAGCACCUUCCCCUAAUGUUUCUUCAUUUAUUUCUCAACCAUCAAAUGCUGGAAAUUUUAUGGGUUCAGCUAAUUUAUCUCACACGGGAAUAUAUCACCCUUCGACAAGUAAUUACCAGGGAGAACCCCUUGAAUCGAACUGGCGGCCGGAUUCCGUCCAGGGCAUUCUUGAUUACUCAGAUAAUGUCAUUGCUAGCGGUAAUCAGAUCCAGAGCAGUCCUAUCAUGGCCUCUGAUGAACUUAUCAAGCAAAACGAGUGGUGGAAUGACUUUAUCAAUGAUGAUUGGAAGGAUAUUUACGACGCGAAUGCAUCCGAACCUCAGCCAAAGGUUGUAUGUCCACCAUCAAAUCUAUCAAUGCAGCAACCUGCAAUUCCGCAAUCAGCUCCAUCUAAUUCCGGGGAGCUCUGCACUGUUGCUAGUCCUUCACCCACUGCAAGUGCUCCUGCAGCGAAGGCACGCAUGCGGUGGACCCCGGAGCUCCAUGAAAGCUUUGUAGAAGCUGUUAAUCAGCUUGGCGGCAGUGAAAAAGCUACUCCUAAAGGUGUGCUGAAACUCAUGAAAGUGGACAGCCUGACCAUAUAUCAUGUGAAAAGCCAUUUACAGAAGUACAGAACAGCUCGAUAUAGGCCAGAGUCAUCUGAAGGUGCCUCAGAAAAGAAGGGUACUUCUCAAGAGGAGUUGUCAUCUCUAGACCUUAAGACGAGCUUUGAUCUCACUGAGGCCCUGCGUCUUCAGAUGGAAGUUCAGAAACGACUUCAUGAACAGCUGGAGAUUCAAAGGAAUCUGCAACUCCGAAUUGAAGAGCAAGGAAGGUGCCUUCAGAUGAUGUUCGAGAAGCAGUACAAAUCCGGCGUCGGCAAGCCGCCUUCAACCUCUGCCGACCCAUUGACAUUAUCUUCUGACCAAUCGCAUUCAGACACGAACAACAGGAUCCAAGAAAAUGCGCAAGCUGAGACGAAUGAUAUACCUAGUAGUUCCAAUUUAGAAGCCAAGAGCCCUCGGCUUGUGGGCGAGAAGAAGAAGAAGAAGGCAGAAGCCGAAUCCUUUGAUCAAGGAGAAAAUACGACAGAUGGGCCAAAGCUCAAGCGUGCUAGGGGCCAAGAAAUCGAGCCAUCAUCGGCUAACUCGGAGCCUUAACUGAUUUUGUUCUUGUUGGUGCAAUUCGGUGCCGUUCUCUAGUAAAUAUUUGGAGUAUUGAACAUUAGGUGUAUUAAGUGGGGGAAGCUGAUUGAACUUUUCGGGAGACCAACAAACAUGGUGGCAUUUUCAUGUAUAAAUGGGUCAAACAAUUUCUUGACUCCAUUUUAGUUUUAGGCAAUAAUGUAGUCCUAGGUUGUAGUUUUUCUGAUAUAGGCUUCCUUUUGUCGAGUUAAUUUAAGAUUUUGGAGGACAAUUUCAGAAAGCUACUAGUGUUGUAUGGCAAAUUGAAUGAUAUAUAUUGUUAACAAACCUUUGGCUUUGAGGGCUUAUUUGGUUAGCUUA